GAUCAACAGCUGAAAUUUGCCCCAUCAAGCCCGCCCGUCAAGUGCCCGCUAUGUCCAUGUUGAGCAGUGCCGCCCGCAAGCGGAUCUUGUCAGAUCUGAAGCAUUUGCAAGAAGAGCCCAUCCCACUGGCUGCUGCGGCUCCUGCAGAUGAUGACUUGAGCCUGUGGAAUGGCAUCAUUGGUACUCAGAUGGAAGUGACCCACAUCGGCUUCGUGACAGUGCCCUUGCACUUCUUGAUCGACUUCCCCUGCGAUUACCCCAGCAGCGCGCCGAAGAUUGGCUUCUCCUUUGAGUUCGAGUAUCGGGGUGGUGCUUCUUACGUGCAGCAAGAUGGAAGGCUGAAAGGGAAGAAGGUGAUUUGUCUAGACGUCUUGGGCAAUUUCGAUUUUGUGCACACGGAGUGGAAGCAGACGGUCGGGAGCGGCUGGAGCCCCGCAUACACGGUGACCACGCUACUGCUGCAGCUGCAGUCCGUGUUGUCGGACCUGGGUAUGCAAAUGUCGCAACGUGAGCGCGACACGACCUACCAGAGCGCAGUGCGCUUCUGUGAGAAGAAUCCAAGAGCCAUUUUGGAGAUCUUGGAUGAGGAUGAGGUCCGAGAGCUACGCGAGCGCCAGCGGUCCGAGCAGCGAUUGCUAAAGCUGUGUCGGAACGAGGAGCUGGCGAAGCGG